AUUUUUUUUUCUUUGCUAUGUCUUUUUGACAGCUGAGACCGCUUACGGUCCAUCUCGCUCGAUUUCCUAGAUUUUAUUUGAAGUAAACAAUCAAUUUUUUCACGUAAAACUGACUGUUCAAAGAUCUCCAAAAUAAAACAUGUUUGAAGAUCCUCAAAGUUCGGACGAAGAGUGUCCAAUUCCUGACAAUAAUUCAUGCAACGAAGAAGAGAUUAAAAAAUUGUUCAAGUCUGCAUUUUUUAAAUGUUCAGAAAAAGCUAUUUCAUUAAAGCGUACUUGUGGUCUCCAUUUAUCUCUUUCCAAUGACGGCCAGAAGUUAGCGGUUGGUCUUUCACGAAAAGAACUUUUACUGUAUCAACUUUCAGCCAAUGGAGAAUUGACACAAGAUCAAAUAUAUUCUGCUAAAUACAGCUGUGCCAUAAAAGGUGUGAAGUUUUUCAACAAUGAUAACAAUUUGCUAAUGAGCUGCACGGAAGAUGGUACUGUGACGCUUCAUGAUUUGCGACUAGCAAAUUCGGUUACGACUUACGAGGAUCGAUCCGAAGGGCCAAAGAAAACGAGUACCGCAUUCGAUAUUAAUCAGAGCGAUCGCGUUCUUUGUGUUUCGACUGAUGUUCAGAAAAAUGGUGAUAGCUUUUUGCUCUUUUACGACAUUCGUGAGCGUGAGUACAUGGGAAGCUAUUGGGAAUGUCACAGUGAGGAUAUCACGCACGUUCGCUUUCAUCCUACUAAUCCUGAUCUAUUUGCUAGUGGCAGUGUGGAUGGGCUCAUCAAUGUGUUUGAUAUAUCUCAACCAAAUGAGGAUGAUGCGUUGCAGUACUGUUUUAACAUUCAUAACGCUAUCGAAACGUUCAACUGGCAUCAAAGUCCACAAAAGAAAGACUGGAUUUCAUGCAUAACAACGACCAAUGAUUUUCACUUGUACGACGUAGCAAGCCAAAAUCAGGAAGCAGUAUGUAGUCGACAAAGUAUCACUGCAGCUAUCAGAAGAACAUCGUCAAUAGACUGCAAUCUGAUUGAAACACACAAUGAUAGUUCAGGAUUUUUCCUAUUGGCGGGUUCAAACUAUAACAGCGGGGAAUGUCUACGUUCACUCAGAUAUGACAGUAAAUGUUUCACACCGCACAUAAACUUUAUGCACAACAAACAGAUCGUGCGGGCCAGUGUCUACAAUGAAAAGGAACGUUGCCUAAUUACUACCGGCGAAGGGGGACUGAUAACAGUUUGGCGUUACAUUGAAGCAAGUGAAUUUGGCAACGGGAACGAGAUGGAAAGUAAUGUCAGUAAAACUAUGAAGCAAAACAUGCACACCGAACAUCGAUCGAGACCCUAUUGAGUUUUUCAGCUCAAUACCAGCCAAACAGAAAGUGUGACUAAUUGACUCAAGUAUGAUUCAGUCAUCAAAGAUCAAACAAUGGAAGCAUUUAUCUCAGUUUGU